AUGGAUUCAAUGUCUUUAGAUUUCUUAAAGGCCCCUCAGUUUUCUGUUGUUUCAGUCGCAAUGCGGGGAUGGAUUUGGCAGACAUGCACCGAAUUAGGCUACUUUCAGACUACUGAUGGAGGAAACAACGGGAUUUUUGGUAGCACUUUACCAGUGGACUUCUACUCGGACCAAUGUAUAGAUCUCUUUAGUCCAGAAUACACGCUGGAUUCAACUUACCAACGUGUUGCGGCUGUAUUACAAAAAUAUGGAGGAGCUGAUGCUUAUAGGGGCACGAAAGCUGCAUUCCCUAAUGGCUCAAUCGACCCGUGGAAAUCUCUUGGUCUCCUGAAAGGCAAUGCAAACAACAAAGUGGACGCGUUCUUGAUCGAUGGUACCGCACAUUGUGCUGACAUGUACCCCGCAUCGCCGCGUGAUCUCCAGUCAUUAACAGAUGCUAGGAUCCGUCUUAAGUCACAACUAAGCGACUGGAUUAGCGAUGCUCUUCACUCUGGAGGUAAAGCCUGGACUACUGCUACGCUCACGUCAAUCCUUGUUUUAUUUAGCGUUUUCUUUUUUGAAUAA